UCUCUGUGUGCAUAUUUGAUAUUUCGUAUUAUUCACUCAUCGAAUUAUUCCCCGAGUAGUUCAUGGACCACGAGCCUGAAUCUUGACUCAAGGGGCUUUUUGCUGCACACUAACUCGAUCAAUCCCAUUUCGCGAUUUAACAUCCCCUACUUUAUCAGCCGUCAUGGAGAGGAAUACACUGCUACCAGAGAUCCUAAGCAGAGUGAUGGAGUACCUCAGGUACGAUGCCACAACUCUGCGGUCGGCACUCUUGGUGAAUAAGGCCUGGGCUGCGGAAGCCAUCAGGGUCCUGUGGGAGAAGCCGCCGGUGGCAGCCUUGGCGGCGAUUGGAAAGGACCAUCGCCAAUUCUACGCGCGUCAGGUCCGCGAGCUAAUUUUUGGCGGUGAUGAGGACGGAGCCGAACACUCAAACUUUCGCAACCUAGAAUUCCCUCGGCUGAGACGUAUCACAAUCGACUACUUUCGCCCAGACAAUGGGGAGAAAUUGUGGCUUGGCCAAUACAUACAGCCGAGUAUGGAAGAUUUCAGCUUCUAUGGCGCCGAGCCGGCUGAAGACAUACUUCACCUACUAGAAAUGCGUUGUCCACGACUGGAGAGUAUUGUGAUUGACUUUCAGUUUGAGGGGUUAACCUCCAGCCGUUUGAUAAAGUUCUUUGACAGCUGCAAAUAUUUGACGUCGAUAUGUCUUCCAAGUAACAUAAAAGAUACCAUCGACAACCGGCUGCUUGCAUAUCUCGCCCGUCAUGAUGGCCUCGAGGAGUUGGAGUUGGGAACGUUUCUCAGGUAUAAGAUGCUUGACGAGGUCUUUGAAGGGACUGAGCGGCCUUUCAAAGAUAUCCGGUAUCUUGCGGUUCAAAUCGAGUCGAAAACUGUACCACUGCUGGUGGCAGGGGUCAAAUCUGUUAUUGGUCUUACACUCACAAUUGAAGACAGCCGGACCAACCCUUUGCCACAAGUCAGCUCGCUGGUAAACCUUCAAGAACUUCAUAUUGGCUAUAUGGAGCAAGGAGAGUGGACCGGCACCGACUUCCUCGCACUCAAAAGCUUGAAGAAUUUACGCAGAUUAAAUAUCUCUCCAAUCUUUGAUACCAUCGCGUCCCCGACGUUGACAGACGAGGAGUUUAUCCCGGUGUUUGAGAACAUGAGUGAACUUCAGGAGCUGGUCUUCCAAGUUCAGUGUGUCUUGUCAACUGCAGCAAUUACUUCUCUAGGAGAGCGUUGUCCUCAACUCAUGAUUUGUGAAAUACUUGGCUUGUACGACUUGCACGGCUGGCAAAGCGUUGCAAGACCCCUCUUUCCACAAUUACAGCGGCUUGAACUCAGUGCAACAAUAGAUGGAGAACAAGGAUCACUGUAAGCUUAUUUCAAUGACUUGUAUACGAUUAUUAUAUGCUGACAAGAUUGGCAAAUUUUAGGUCAUCAUCCUUGUCGACAAGAGCUGGGACACUGGCGCGUUUAAUCUUGGAGCAUGCGCCAAAACUGGAAGAAUUAUAUCUGCAU